AUGGCCCGUUGGAAGCGCCCCCAGAAGCGCCCAGAGAAGAAGAAGCAGAAGAAGAAGCGUUCGAACGGACCGGACCCGAAAGAGUCGACAGAGAGCGACACGACCGUCUCGUCCACUGCCUCGACCUCGUUCACUGCCUCGUCCGCUGCCCCAUCCACUGCCUCGCCAAUGUUGAAGACCACCAACACGACCUUUGAUGCGCACGAGCCACCGGUGGUUGUCAUGGACGGAGCCAUCACCUCCGAGGCGGUUGAGGCUGCGGCCAGAGUGUUCCACGCGAUGGCCAAGGACUGCCCGCCACUCCUCGUCGCCAAGAACGUGCCGCUGGCCAAGCUUCUCGCGGACGGCAUGGACGGGCGCGACUUUGGCGUUCGCCUCGUGGGCAAGUACGACCCGUGCUGCAACCCCCAUGAUCCGUCGACGCUCGUGUCGAUCUACGUUGUCCGCAGUCUCAGUUUCAAGCACCAAGCAGCCGUUACCAAAAUCGUUAGCCAGCUUGAUGGGCAGCAAACUGGGCACUUGGAGACGCAUCUCGGCGCCAACUUGAUCGCGGGCGGUGGUCAUGCGCACGUACCCGACGUGGUUGUGCUCAGCGACGAUGGCACAGUGCGCAUGAUCGUUGAGUUUGAGUACAAGCACCGGAGCUUCCGGGUGCUGGUCGAUUGCUGUUGUGGCUACUUGGCCACGUACCCCUCUCUGCGCACGACGGUCGCGAUCAAGCUCUUUGGCGCGCAAGGCGGCGAUCCGUUCCGGUUUGGCGCGAUCGCGCUGCAGUACAAGCGCGACGCUGACGGUCAACCGCACCUCAUGUACGCUGCGAGCAUCGGCACGGCGCCGUUGACGCUCAUAGCACAACGUCACAUCCGUUGCAAGAUUGGCGACGAGGCUUUCGCAGCGAUGGGCCACUUUGAAGACGGCGUCGCGAACGAGACGGCGCUGCAACACGCGACCUGGGCGCACCCGACCAUGGAUUGUCCCCAGCUUUCCAUCGAGGUGUCGGACCUCGAGUACUCGGACGUCCAUGACCUCCUCGCGGGCGCACCGCCGACCAACGAGCGGCUGGUCAUCGAUCUCUACAAGGUCAUUUUGGCUUGCUACAGAAUCAGCGACGAAGGCCAGCGUCGACACCGAGGUCGUGGCUGA